AUUCCCGCCGCCGGGCGGCAGCGCGCCCCGGCCGGGCGGCGGCUCAGCCUCGGCCGCAAAACUUUGCUGGCGGCCGCUGCCGGCGUGGUGAUGGUGCUGGUGCUCGUGGUGCUCAUCCCGGUGCUGGUGAGCUCGGCGGGCACCGACGGCCGCUACGAGAUGCUGGGCACCUGCCGCAUGGUGUGCGAGCCCUACGGCGGCCCGCCGCCCGCCGCCACCGGUGCCGCCGGCCCGCUGGCUGAGCGCGGCCCGCUCCCACCGCCCUCCACCCUGGUGCAAGGUCCCCAAGGCAAGCCGGGUCGGCCGGGCAAACCGGGUCCACCGGGGCCGCCAGGAGAACCGGGGCCGCCGGGAGCAGCGGGGCCGCCGGGGCCGAGGGGUGAGCCGGGGCGUCCGGGUCUGCCCGGGCUGCCGGGCCCCGGGGCCACGGGGGCCGUGAGCACGGCCACCUACAGCACGGUGCCCCGCGUCGCCUUCUACGCCGGCCUCAAGAACCCGCACGAGGGCUACGAGAUCCUCAAGUUCGACGACGUGGUUACCAACCUGGGCAACAGCUACGACGCCGCCUCGGGCAAGUUCACCUGCGCCGUGCCCGGCACCUACUUCUUCACCUACCACGUCCUCAUGCGCGGCGGCGACGGCACCAGCAUGUGGGCCGACCUCUGCAAGAACGGCCAGGUACGGGCCAGCGCCAUCGCUCAGGACGCCGACCAGAACUACGACUACGCCAGCAACAGCGUCAUCCUGCACCUGGAUGCUGGCGACGAGGUCUUCAUCAAGCUGGACGGGGGCAAGGCCCACGGUGGCAACAACAACAAGUACAGCACCUUCUCGGGCUUCAUCAUCUACUCGGACUGAGGGCGGCCCCACGGCGGCCCCACAGCGGCUGGAUGGGGCGGGCGAGAGGUUUCUCGG